UCAAAGGGAGAACUUCUCCCGAGCUGUCGUUUGGCCAAACUUCUAUUGAAGCCAAAUGUUGUUACGUGCAUCGCUCAACGAUAUGUGUGGCUCAAUUCAUUUUGUUAUGUAUAGAAUCCACAGGGCCUUCGCGCUGUGAGAAGUCAAAGAGAAGAAUGGACUAGUUUUGCGCCAACGCGCUGAGGCGACGUGCGUCUCCAGUGGGGGACGCCUUCAUUUCAAACAAUGUCAUCAGAACCAGAGCCACUCGUGGUGCGGCCUCGGCCCAAACAAGCAGACUCGGGCAUCACCGCUGCUGAUGCUCCUGCGCCAAAUGCGCCAGCGCCAGCACCUUCUGGACAAACACAGAUAACAAGCUUGAGCGAAAGCCUGGUCAGCAAGCUCCCCAUCGGGCGCUUUGCAACCGUCGGCACAGGAGAGAUCGGACCUGCGGACGACGUCAGCUCCACGGGGACACACGAAGUGGUUCGGAGCACUGCCAGCAACACACAGGCGACGCCAGCUGCUGGCUCGGCGCCUCCUAUGCAGGAUGAGAACAUGGCGUCUCUGCAUGUCAAGUUCAGUGCCAGCACGCGUUUCAAUAACUCAGAUCAGGACACACUGCGGGACCACAUCCAGCGACUGCGCGCCACGGGCGGCGCCCAGCACCCGUCCGGCAUCCCAAGGUCCGGGACCAUGCGGCCUAGCAGCGCGGGCUCAGGGCCUCGCUCCAGCUCGCCACCGCUGUCCAGGCGGUCGACAAACAACUCCAGCGGUGGCUCGCCCCCUUCUGAUGGAAGCCCCAUGAGCAACAUCAUGCGCGCGCUCGCCGGCCGACACAGGCGCUCCACCAGUGCAGACACCACCAUCGUGCGGCGCACCAGCAGCAGUGGCCAGCGCGGCAGCUUCAUCAGGCGCUCAAACUCGCCGCCAGCCGACGGGAUGCGCAGCCAGGGAAGCAUUAGCUCCGGUCGGCCUAGCUCCGGUCGGCCUAGCCCAUCCGGUCCGGUGGCCAUUUACUCGUCGGGACAGUACCCAAAUGACGGCGGCAGUGGCAGCGACACUGGGCGGCGGCCGCGUGAGCGGCACCGACUGGGGGCCCGGCGGAGCAGGUCCGGCGGUGAGAGUGGCAGCGACGGCGGGGGUGGUCGCGGCAGCAGGGGGCGGCGGCCGCAGCGGUCGAUGUCGCGGCAGGGGUCAGCAAGGCGAGGCGGCUUGUUUGGCGCCGCGGCGGCCCAAGAUGACGGUGUUCCUGGGGGCGGGGAGGAGCGCACCAGCGUCGGCAGGAGUUUCUCAUUUGUGGCCCCAAGCAUGCGCCGCAGCCGGAGUAGCGGUGGAGGCUCGGACCAGGGGCGGCAGUGGUCCCGGCGAAGCCGCGGAGGCGGCGGCGAGGGUGGGGGCGGUGGCUUUGCCGCAUUUUUCCGUGGCCCGAGCCGCAGCCGCAGCCGGGGCAGGGCUGGCGAGGAAGGUGCCGGCGCGCAGCCUACACGCCGGUCAGAGUCGCGGCGUCGGCGCGGUGACAGCAGUGGCGGUGGCUUCUUCAGCGCCCUCAUCGGCAGUCGCAGCCGCGCGCGCCGGUCCGCAGGUGUAGACGGCACCGGCGAAGCGGAUCUCGCUUCUUCGACGGGGCGGGGCCGGGGGCGACGGGAGCCGUCCAGCAGCGGCGGGGCCUUCCUACGCGCCCUGACCGGCCGCAGGAGCACCGCUGAGUCGGUCGCCUCCCCCGAGCGACCCAGGCGCUCAGAGCGGCGGUCAGCGGCAAGGCGGAGGACGCAAGAGCAGAGCGAAGACGGGGGCGCUGUAGACGGAGGCGGAGGCGUUGCGGGGUUCUUACGUGGCCUCACGCGCAGCCGCAGCCGCGGCCGCAGGAGCACGGAUGCCACGCAGGUGGGCCUCGGAUCCACGCGGCGAAGCCGGGAGCGCAGCAGCGGUGGCGGCGGCUUCCUGCGGGCACUCACGCGCAGUCGCAGCCGCAGCAGGGGUGGGGCGGAGGGCUCGGAGGGCGAGGGCACCGGGGAACUCAGGCGCAGCCGCACCGAGAGGCGCAACCGCAGCGCGGAGCGAAGGAGCCAGAGCCGAAGCCGCAGCCGCGAUCCGGGGCAGAGCAUGGCUUCUGCGUUCUCAUUUGGGCAGCGGCGGUCUCGAUCGCCGAGGCGCACUUCUGAAACGGACCUGGAGGAGAGCGGCGGCAUGCGGCGCUCCCGCUCCUCGCGCGGCGGCGGCGGCGGCCUCUUCGGGCGGCGCAGCCGCACUUCACGCUCUGGCCGGCCGUCGCUGGCCGGCCAAAGCAGCGGCGCCGUGAUGAUUGGCUCCCCACGUGGCGCCGGCGGCGGCUACGGCGGCGGCGAUCUGAGCGGCGGCGGCGCGGGGCCGGCGGGGCAGCCGCCCCCGUACGGCUACGAACGGGACCAGUCCCUGGCCUUCCGUGCAAGCGGCAUGGCUGACCCUUACGAUUUGCAAACGCCCACGCUGCGUGUGCCCGCACCGGGCGUGCCGCCGGGCGGGCGGCCGCCAUUGGCGCCGUUGCUAGGCCCCUCGGGCCCCAGUGGCAGCCAGCUGGACGCCAUGCGGCCACCGGAGCUGCAGCUCGAGACGUCCACGAGCCGGCGGCCGCUGCCGUUCGUGCCGCGCGUCUCGCUCACGGGCGGUGGCCUCUCCAGCACCAACACCAUCGUACCGUAUGCGUCUUUUGGGGGCACCAGCUCGCUGCCCAGCCCCUCCAUGGCCCAGUCGCCCACCUUUGUCGUGGACCGGACCUCGCUGCCGGCAGUGCCCCAGCCGCCGCCCGCACGAACAGGCUCGCCGCCCCGGGUUCCAGGCAGCAUGCGCCGCCAGGGCUCGCCAGAGCGCCGGCCUCCACGCUCCGCCUCACGCCCCCGGCGCUCCGAGUCGGCGCCGCGCUCGCGUGCGGCGGCGCGGCGGGCGGAGAUGCAGGCUGCGGGCGAUGGUAGCAGGCAGCACCGCAGCAGGUCGGCGCGGCGGCAUGACGAGGGCGAGCCCAAGGUCCGCAUGUCGUUCGCCGCGGCACGCAGGGCUCGCAAGAUGUCAGUGGGCGGCGCCGCGUCAGGCUCCGAGGCUGGCGUGGACGCCGCGUCGGAGGCGGGCAUGGCCAAGAGCGGCUCUGCACGGCAGCGCGGCAGCCUGUUUGCCUGGCUGUUCAGCGGCCGCAAGAGUAAGGCGGCCGGCAGCGUUGCCUCCUCCCCGGAGCGGUCCAUGGCGCCCGCCGCAGCCGCCCCAGGCACACCGGCGUAUGCGCCCCCCGGGGGUGCGAGCUCGGUGCCGGGCACGCCGCCCGGGCCCCUGCUGGGCCCCGGGCCCAUGAUCUCGCCUGUGCAGGGCAGCGCUACCGGCUUCGGCGGCGGCUCCAUGCCCAGUUACCCCUCCACCCCCGGCUCCGUCACCCGGUCAACCUCAGCUGUGGUGAUGGCAGGUGACCGGGUGGGUGCGACCGGUGGCGCCUUGGACCUCGGUGCGACCGGCGCAGCAGCUUCAGUAGCAGCAGCAGCAGCAGCGAUAGCAGCUGCACCUGACGUGUACGCGCUGGCUGGCCCCAGACCGGAUGGUGGCAUGGUCGUGCCCAGCCGGGACCCGUCGCGGAGGAGCUCGGGUCUGCACCGGCUCAGGCCGGCGCCGCUGAUGAUCCCAAGCGACCCGCGGCUCGGCGUGAUCACGGCUGAGCGGGCGGCGGCGGAGGCAGCUGCCGCUGCAGCCGCUGCCGCGGCGGGCGCCAAGCCUGCAGAGGGCGAGGGCGCGAAGAAGGGAAGCUGGGGCAAGCUGGGCAAGAUGUUCGGCGCCAUCAAGAGGUUUGCGUCUCCAAGCAAGGGCGGCGCAGCGGAGGCACAGCCCGCUGCUGCGCCUGGCGCCGGUGCUGCAGCGGGCCCGGCUGUGCCCGGCACCAACCCCUUAAAUAUCAGCACCUCGUUACUGCCGCGGCCGGCCUUCCCAAACAUGCAGGCCGCUGGCGCAGACGCCCGCACAACCUCCCAAACUAGCGUCGGCCCCGACGCCGCGCUCUCCCGCUACCGCUCCCCCGACGCCGCCGCCGCCACGGCUGCGACAGCCAGUGCCGUGCAGGGGCUCGAGCGGAAAGACGCCGGUGGCGAGGCCACCGCGGACGGGUCCGUGCUAAAGGAGCGGCCCAGCAAGGGUGGGAAGGGGACCGGCAUGCGGCGUGGCGGCGGCAGCCGGGGUGACCUGGCGGGUUUGGGCGUGCCGGACGGGAUGGUGGACAUGCACAGUCCCUUCAUGAAGGCGGCGCGCAUACUGCAGGGCCUGGGAGCGGACUUGGAGGCGCAGGACGCAGCCAAGACCGGCAAGGGCGGCCUGGGCCGGCACGCCCGCAGCAAGAGCGCCGGUCAGGGCGGCGGCCGCGCCGCCUCCUGGUCCCCGCCUAAGCUGCGCGCGCCGGCCUUCGUGCCGCGCGGCCGCAGCAUCUCCCCACUCGGCCGCGGCAUGGUCGCCGACGUCGCUGCCGGCAGCCCCAGCCCCGGCCGCGGCCCUCCGGUCGUGUACCUCGCUCCCCUGGCUGCUCAGGUCCAGGGCAGGGUCGUCAUCUCGCCGCUCAAGCCGUCGCAGUCAGCGCUACGGGGGCCGGGCGGCCUUGCAUUGGCCGGGCACGCCGGCGGCGCGGCGUGGGGCGUGGAUGGGCAGGGCGUGGUCCUGGGAUACGACCGACUGCCCACCAUCGUAUCAUCGCUGCGGCCGGGCGGCAAUAACCGGGCCGUGUCGCCGCCUGGGCACCUGCCGCGUCCACCGCCGCCACACCCGGGACUGCCCUACGCCGGACACCAGCUGCCGCCGCCCACUGCCCUGCACACCUCCAUUGACGGCUGGGUGUUUCCCUCCACCAUGCAGCUUGACCCGACGUUUGCAGCACUGGAUCCCCGGGUGCCACUUGGCAACACGUACACCAGCGACCAGAUGUUGCUUGGUUCGUUGGCGCUCGGCGCCACGGGCGGCACCAGCCGCCGUCCCGGAACGGCCGCCACAGUGGGAGGUGGCUUCGGCGGCAGCGGUGGAGGUGGAGGCACUAUUGCCGCCACAGGCCGCAGCGGCCGGCUGCUCAGCGGCGCUCAGGCGGCGUUCCUGAACGCGCAGACCCAGAUCUUGCAGCAGUCGCAGCUGCUGGCGGCCACCCAUGCCCGAGCGCAGGCGCAGGCUCCAUGGGACGGCGCGUUGAAUGGUGGCGGUGCCGGCAGCUUCACCGGCGGGCUGCGCGGCAGCCAGGAGGUGCCGGUGGGUGUGCUGCGCUCGCCUCGGCUGCUGGGCCUGCAGGAGCCAGGCGUGGGUGGCAUGCUGCUGCAGGCUCCCGAUGGCUUCAGGGCGGUGGUGGGCGCCGAGGCGGCGGAUUGGCUGGCGGCUGCGGAGACAGGCGUGCUGCCGCUGUCGCGCUCCGGCGCCGGCCCAGGCGGCCGGACAGCCUGGGUCGAGGCGGCGGGUGAGGAGGUGUUGUUGACGACGGCGGCGCUGCGGCCGCCGCCGCGGCUGCCGCGCCCUGGGCUGCUGCACCUAGGGCUGGCCAGUGGUGGCCCUGGGGAGCCGGGCUUCGGCACUGGCAGCUGGCGGGGCGGCUUCGGCACGGAUGGAGUCAUGAGCUCCGCGGCAGGCACACUACAGGACUUCCGCACCAUGUCCCGGCCGGGUUCGGCAGUGCCGGGGCCGGUCCGCAGCGAGUCGCCUGCCCGGAUGCCGCCCUCCGCCUUCCGGCCGCACCGCCCCUUGGGGACACAACCGCCCGAGGAAGCCGCCUACACUGCCCUGCGCCGGCCCGACCAGCCCGCACUCCUCGCGCCCGACUACCCCUACGCAACCGCCGAGUACGGCGCCUCACUGCUUCCGCUGCCACCCAUGCCGGGUAACGGCAUGAGGACCGGCGGAGUGCUACAGCCUCGAGCGGGCACGCAGCCUUUUGCAGGCGCGGGCGGCGGCGGCGCUGCUACUGCCAGCUGGCGCCGCGGCACCGCUGCAGCUGGCGGUGGGCUGCCGCCCGGCCUUGCAGGCAUGGGCGGGGGCAGGGGUGAGGACGACGACAGCAGCAUUGCGUCCUCGGAGACCGCCAACUCGCUCAGGGACAUGCCGCCCGCGCUGGCGCUAGAGCUGCGGCGGCGUGAGAUUCUGGACCCCUCGGGUAUGGGGCUGGGGCUGCCCACCAGCGGCGUGUCAGGCGUCACCGUUCGGCCGCUGCGGCGGGAGGUCACGACAGGUCCACACGUAAAGCUGAUGAAGCCUAAGCAGCUGCUGCGCCAGCUGGAGCCGCCAGGGCCGGAGCCCACCUUCACUCGGCGACAGCAGUGGACGCUCACGGAGCGCCAUGGGCAGGAAGCUGAGGGCACGCCUGCGCAAAGCGGCAGGGACGGCGAAGAUGAGGCUGGCCAGGAGGCAACAGGGUCAGCAGCGGCAGCUCCGGACGCUGUUCAAAGGGCUACAGAAGACGACGACGAGGAGGACGGAGUGGUGGGGGCGGUAAGCGACGAGGAGGGCGCCGCACCACCAGUUGCCUCGCGCCAUCCAUCCCAGCGCUCUCGCACGUCUGCACCGGGUGAGGCCUCCACAGGGCCGGAGCGGCAGGCCUCUCACAGCCAGUCCUCCCGGCGCUCUCGCCACCGCCAGGACCGGUCGUCGCCCCAGCCUAGGCCUGAGGCGGCACGUGCCCAAAGCCCGGCACCAGGCCUGGCGCCGCCAGAGGCUGCGGGCUGGGCGCCUGAUGGUGCCGCGCCAUUCAUCCGGGUGGACACGGCCGCAACUAUGGUGCGCCCGCUGGCGCCGCCGCCCAUGCCUGCCGGCGGCCGCAGCCCCCCACGACUGCUGCGCGUGCCGCAGCCGCCCGCCGCCUACCAGCAGACCAGGCGACACGUGAACUUCGCCCUCGGCGGGGGUGUCGGCGCCUCAGAGGAGCCGCGCUUCAACAACGUCCGGCUCAUGCGGGUCGUCAACCCCCCCGCACGGGAGGCGGAGGCGAGGCCCGGCGAGCGAGCGCCUGAGCAGCUGCCCAGUCGCAAGCUGCGGGUGCUGGACCGGCCUGAGGCGGAGAUCCCCGGAGUGGUGCCGGCCGGUACCGCUGGACGCACAGAGCACCUGCUGGGCAUGCUGCGGCGGCCGGAGCAGCGUAGGCCGGCCACAGGCAUUGGGCACCGGGUGGGUCUGUUCGAGCAGCCGCCCGGCUUCGGCACCCCAGGCGGGUCACCACACGGCGGCGUCGCCUCCGCCUCCCCGACGCCCCCUGGCCACUCGCCGCGAGACGCCGCAACCCAGUCUGGCCCCGCCAGCCCUGCCAUUGAGAUCCGUGUCAACAGCAGCACAAGCCCCGCCCGCCCCGCUGCGUCCCCUCGUCAACAAGCCAGCUACGGCGAUGGCGGCUACCCGCCGUACCUGCCGUACCCGCCGCCGCCGUCGGCGCCGCCGCCGCCCCAGAUCGUGGUGGCGCCGACGGACCCGGCAGCGCUGGCCGGGCUGGCGGCGCUGCAGCAGCUUUCUGCUCUGUCGGCGCUGUCGGGUCUGGGCCAGGCGGUGGGCGUGCCGCCGGUGGACGACCCCACCCUGUGGCCGGACCUGACGGAGACCACGCCCGAGUCGCUGCAGGAGACGGUGGCCCAGACAGUGGCGGCCGGGCGCUUGCGGCAGCAGCGCGCGCUGUCACAGCCCAACAUCAGCGUCGCACAGCUCCGCGACAUGGACCCAGCCCUGGUGCUGGAGCCGCCACAAAUGCUGGGGCCCGGGCCCCUGGGCGAUGCGCAGCACAUGCUGCGCACCACAGGUGUCGCCAGUGGCCCCACCGUAGUGAACCUGCCCGCUGGCCCCGGCGCCGGCUUCGGCGCGGGCGCCGGGUACGGUGGCGGCUUCGGCACCGGGGGCCCGGCCGGCGCUGCAGGCGCUGGCGGCCGCCGCUCUGCCGCGGCCUACGCCCCGGCAGGGGCCUCCCGUCAUGAUGGGCAUGAAGGCCGCGGCUCGCCGGGUUCACCGGGAAGGUGGCUUCUGAGCCGCUCCGCGGACGGGCAGGUACUGUCGGUGGGCGUGGCGGUACACGAGACAGGGCGGGUGCCCGGGCGUCGCUCCCCAGGUGAGGUGGUGGUGUACGGUGGCUACCAGACUCAGCACCUCAAGUCAGACCUUGAGCCGGAGCCGUCGGCGGCGUCGCUACGCGAGCGCGAGCGGCGCCGGCGGCGCGGGCUGCCGGUAGAAGAGGAGGAGGACGAGGAGGGCGGGCUGGGGCGCGCGGAGGAGGAGAAGGGGGUGCUGCCGCGGCGCGGCGGCCGCAGCGGUGGGGUCAGCGGUGGGCGGAAAGGAAGGAGCAAUUGGAAAGACAAGAGUGGCAAGAAGCAUCACCGGCGGCGGAAGGGCCGAGACGCGGCUGACAGCGCGAGCAACUCCGAAUCCGGAUCGUCCACCGACCACAGCAGCACAAGCAGUCGGUCUGAUUCGGAGACGGCCAGUAGCUCGUCGUCAAGCAGUAGCGACGGGCGACGACACAGCCGGCGGCGGCGGCGGAAGGAGAAGGAGAAGAAGAAGAAGCACAAGAAGGGGAAGAAAGCAGUUGCUCCAGACGCUGAUGACUCACAUCACGAGAAGGGCGGCAUGGCACCUGGCGCGGCAGCGGACGCGGCUGGCAAGCACAGCUCUGCGGUUGAGGCCGCAGCAGGUAAGGCUGCAGGCGCCAAGGGCGCAGGCCUUCCACCACUGGGGCCCGGCCGCACCUGCUCCUCCGCCUCACUGCCGCCCAUCGGCGCCGGCGGCGCCGCACCUGCAUCUGGAUCAGCCGCCGCGGCAGCCGGCGAGUCGGAGGCCGCUGCUGCUAGGCCGGAGCCGGGUGACGACUUCGGAAUGGGCCUUGCGGAGAAGCUGCUGCGGCAGAUGGAGGAGCCGCUAAAGCGCGUUGGCAGCAAAGCGGGGAGCAAGGCCGGCAGCAGGGCAGGAAGCGUCAAAGCUGACGGCAUGGAGGGCAGGGAGGCCCAGGGUGCCGCAGGCGAGGAGGGCGCGCAGGCGGACAGCGACGAGCUGCUGAGCCCGCCCGCGGGCCGGCUGGCCCGUGUGUUUGCUCCCACGUCGCCGGGCGCUGUGGACCAGCGCGAGAGCAACUCGCCCAACGCCAAGAUGGUGGACGUGCUGCACGGGGCCGACACGGAGCGCCGCACGCAGGAGAUCCUGGACCAACACGCCGCAUUGCGAGCCAAGUUCAUCGUCGCCGCCGACAACCUGCGCUCCGCAGUGACAGCGGCGGGGCUGCCGCAAUCGCAGCUGGCCCUGGGGGCCGGCAACAGCCAGCCCGCAGGCAGCCAGCAACAAGACCUGCCCGCCGAGCCGACGCUCACAGUGGUAGCGCCCGGCGAGCAGCAGCAGCAGCAGCAGCAGGCUGACGCUGGCGCUGCUGGGACAGGCAGUGCUGCUGGUGCCGUCGCGCGGCAGGACUCUUGGCAGUUCGCGCGGGGGCCUGGCAGUGCUGCCGGCGGCAGUGCCAAGGGCAGUGACGGCGGCACCAGCGCCAGCGGCAGCGUCGCGCCCUCCUCGCACGCGACCGGGCUGGAGGGCGGCGCCGGUGCUGGGCCGGGUCCCUCAGGGCCGCCGGGCUCUCAGUCCAUCAACAUCUAUUGCACACAGCUGGUGCUCAACCCUGGCAGCGGUCCCGUCACCGUGCCCGGCUUGCCCGCGUAUUAUCCUGCGCCAGGUCCGGCGGCGUGGGGUGGCGUGCCGGUAGCCCAGCCCGUCAUGCCGCCUCCCGGCAUGCCCGCGGACUGGGAGCCCACUGCCGACCGCGCCGGGUACGUCCGCCACUCGCCUUACCACCCCAGCCACCCGCGCGCCUACCCGCCCGCCGUGCGCGUGUCGCCAACCAGCACUGCUGCGUGGCUACCGCAGCAGUCUGGCGGCCCUGGCGCCGGAGGCGGCCCGCGCAGCACCGGAGGCGGCCCGCCGCCGGACCGAGUCCACAGCCACGUACAUUUCACUGACCUCCCGCCCAGCAUCUCAGCCUACUCACCGCCAGAGCACAAGUCCGGCGAUUCGGCUGACUCCUCCCCUGACGGGCCGUCAGCGCCCGGCGGCAGGUUGUACAGCGGCGCCUCGCAAGCGAGCCUGGCAGCACGCAGCCAGGGCGGCGCCGGCUUCGCGCUUCGCCCGGAGGCCUCGGGCGUGUCGCAGUCGAGUCGGCAGCCCCCGAUUGCACGGGUGAUAUCACGCGGUAGCUCCAUCGCGCGGGCGUGGGGCGCUGCUAGCCUGGGCGGACCGGAGCCGUCCAUCGGGAGCAUGCAGCGCCUAACGGAGGAGCGUCUGGCUGGCCUGGCGGUGGGCAGUGAUGGAGGGGCAGGGGCAAGGGGUGGCGGAAGCAGGCGGCACCGCUCCUCUGCUGCGUCCGGGCCCAUGUCGGUGGAGGAGGAGCCGACGGCGGUGGGCAGCGAGCGUGGGGAGCUUGAGGUGGUGGAGGAAGCCGCCGCUGGUGAGAGCGGUCGCGUGCCGUCGGCCGAGGCCUCCAGCCACGCGGCGUCAGACAGGGCUGGCUCGGGCUCGGGCGAGGCGGCGCUGGCAGCCACGGCUGCAGGUCGUCAGCAGGGUGACGAGCGAGGAAGCGGCAGCGGCAGCCAGGGCAGUGGCGCCGCCGCCACCGCCACAUCCACCGCCGCUGCAGCCACUGCGACCGGCGGCAUGCUGCAGCCACAGGACACCAAGACGCAGCUGGCAGUGGAGCUGACGCAGCUCAUCAUGGAGGCCUUCCAGCAGAGCGGCGGCGUCAUCACCGCACACCGCGAGCCAGGCGGCAGCGGCGACGGCGCCGAUGGCGCUGCAGCCGCCGGCAACCGUGUCGGCGGGGGCAAGGUGGACAAGGCGGUGGGGACCAGUGCGGCGGGUGGCAGUAGCCGCACCGGGCGCGGCCCCGGCUCCGCUGCCUCGGGCCGCUCAGGCUCGCUUGGCGGCUUCGAGGCCACCCUCAGCGCGCCGCCCUCCGCCGAGCCUGUGCCGCCGCCGCAGCCGCCUCCCAUGCGGCUGCCCGCCACGCUGCCCAACGCAGGGGUGCCGCGCGGCGCCGGGCCCAACUUCCUGCAGGUCCGCGACAUCGCGCUGGCUGCAGACGCGCCGCCCGGCCCCACCCAGUUCACGCCCGACCCCGCCACCGACAAGCUGACUGCCGACAUCCUGGGCGGCCUCAACAACUGGAAGGAGACCGUCAUGUCGGCGCUCAUGGGCCGCCCGCCCCCGCCGCCGCAGCCGCCGGCACAGCUGCAGCCCCCGGCGCCGGUGCUACAGCCUGGUGCAGGGGGUGGUGGUGCGGGCCUGGCGGCCGCUCACACCGUGACGCUGUACGACAUGCCGGUGGUGAUGCAGGGCCAGUACCACUCGCCCGGUCCCGGGCAGGGGCCGGCAGCAGCGGGGCGGCCGCCGGCGUACCUGACGGGCGGUCAGCAGCCGGACCCGGGGCGGGACCUGACGGCGGCGGAGGCGCUGGUUCUGGAACCGGGCUACGCGAUGCAGCACUCCAUGGCAGCCAUCGCCACCCGCAAGCAGCAGCGCGCCGCCGCCGUCGAGGAGCGGCGGGCUCGCUACGCCGCCGGGAUGGACGCCUUCGCAGCCGACGGCCACCAGCCGCAGCCGCUGCACAUGCCGCCGCCGCAGCACCCCUGGCCGCCGCCGGGUGGGCAGGACUACCGGCCGGCGCCGGGGCCCGGGACUGUGGGCUACGGCGCCGCCGGGGUCACCAACCCAGCAACGCUCCAUGGCUGGGCUGCAGCGGGCGCGCCUACCUUCGCCGGCGGCGCCAGCGGCAUCCAGCGGCGCUACGGCGGCGGCGGUGGCACCAGCGGCGCGGUGGCGGGCGGCCGCGGCAGCCCGCUAGCCCUUGACGAGGACACGCAUGGCACCAUGUUUCCGCAGUCGCAGUAUGCCGGCGGGCUGGCGGGGCCGGGUGUGGCACGGCAGCCGCACCCGCGCAGUCCGCUGCAGCGCGUCAUGCACGGCGAGGCGGACCCGCGCAAGAAGCGGCGGGCGUGGGAGGUACCGACGGUGGAGCAGCAGCGGGCCGCGCCGCUGUGGGAGCACCAGGCCACCUUCCGCACCAACGUUCGCACCGCCAUGCGGUCCGCCGGCAGGCGUGAGCGCACCGCCCGGCCCAGCCCCGGCCGCGAGCAUGGCUCCGGCCACGAAGGCAGCUAUCACUACACAGGCAGCCUUCCCGGCCGCGCCAGCGUGGGUGUGGGGCCGCCAACCGUUUCCUUCGCAGACGGCACCCGCGGCGGCUACAGUCCCCAGGAGGGUGACGCACGUGUACCGUACAUGGCACGCGCCAGCCACCCUGCCAACGCCAGCCCCGCCACCGCGGCAGUGCGCUCCCUGGCGACCAUGGUGGCGCGGCGCUUCGACGACGGGCAGUGGGAGACGCGGCAGCUGCAGAAGCUGGGCGAGGGCCGCGGCCGUGGUGGUGGUGGCGGAGAGGAGGGCGGCUGGGAGGAGGAUGCGGAGGGCGUGUGGCCGGGCGACGCCGACGUGCUGGGGGACAGCAAUGUGUGCGGCGGCUGCGACUUCCCUGGGUGCCCGGUGCAUGGGGACCCGGGUGCGGCGGCGGCUGCGGAGGAGGAGCGGCAGUCGCGGCGGCGGCCGCCCGGGGCGCAGCCCGGUGGUCCAGACGCCCAGGCCUACACGGAGCAGGAGCUGACCAAGCGGGCGCACCGCGACAUGGCCCGCAGCGUCAUGCUGGACCAGUGGAUGGCGGAGAUGAAGCAGCUCAGCGCCGCAACCGCCAAGGCCGAGGCCACACGCAAAGUGGCCAUCGCCUCGGCGCAGCAGGCUGUCGCCAACCGGCGUGAGCGACAGGCUGCUGAGCUGGCAGGCAUCUUCGACAUGCUGACUGAGGUGGACGCCCUUGCCAACAACAUCUCGGACCAGGCGGGCGAGACGCGGAAGAUGAUGCAGGUCCUGGAGGAGGAGGCGGAGCUGCGGCGUGUGUCGCGCCUCAACUCGCUGCUGCACGAGGCGCGUCGUCUGGGCAGUGCGGUGGACACGGCACUUGGUCCGGAGGACAAGGCGGCAGCCGGCACAGGGGGAGAGGUGGAUGGUGGCGCUGCUGCUGCCAGUAGCGGCGGCUAGGCAGUGGGCGAUGGCAUGAGGGCUGCAUUUACCCUGUCCCAUCGCGGUUAGGGUGUGAUGGGACAGGGUAUAUAAAGGACAGGUUGGCGUUGGGUGUUGACGGCGAAGCAAGCAUGAGGACGUUGACAUUACAGAUUCAUGGGGGCGGGACACCGAGUAUGCACGUGACAACCAUGGUCACAAGCACUGCUGCGAGACACGGAGAAGAAGGUGCACCUGCGGAAGCACGGAAGGCGGGGAGACGCGGGGCCGCGGGUGGCGGCAUGGGGGAGGUGACCUGAAAUCGCGCAUGGUUUUC